GUUUUUCAAAUCUUUAAAAUGAGCAACAAUAUGUUUAAUGUCCUCAACAUUUUUGAUGAUGAGGAUUCAAAAACUCAAUAAGCAUAAUAGAAAGCAUAAUAACAAUAAGCUAAAAAAAGUAAGCAUAUAAAUAAAUUAUGUAUUAGAUAAGUAAAAGCGUGAAUAAGAAUAAGUGAUUCCAGUUGAUUAAGUAAAGAAAGAAAGCACAUAACACCAUAAUCCAGCCCCAAAAUAAAAGGGACUUACAGCAGAACCUCAUCCUAAAGAUAGACAUUCUGGAACAGGAAUUGGAAAAGAACUUCGUAAAGAAGGUGGAGGAAGAAGAAAUUGGGGAAAUUAUAAAGAUGAUUUAAAAUAGGAUAAGUAUGAAGGUGCAACAGAAACUAAAGAAGCAUAAUAAGAAUUAACGACAGAAUAAUAGACUGAAGAUUAAUAGCCAUAAGAAAAUGUACCUUAACCACCAGCUGAAAAAACUUUAGCUGAUUAUUAUUAAGCACGAGGAGUGGUAUAUUAUUAUUUCUAAUAUUUUAUAUAGAAUGUUGAUGAAGUCUUAAAAAAUUAAGAAUAGAAAGUAUAGCCAGUAGUGAAGAUUGAUGAAGAAGNUUUUGUUUCCUUGAAUUCACGAGAGAAGAAUAAUUUAGAUGUCAAUUUUUAAUCAAUUUAUGUUAUGGAGGGCAUGGCUAAUUAGGGGUCAUCAAAAAUCUCCAUUUUAUCCAAAUCACCAAUGAUUGAAAUUUUCAUUGGUUCUAUUUUCUAACCUUUAUAAGGAUGGAAGAUAAUGGGUGCCUUUAUUUAGGGCUUUAUUUCAUUUGCAUUCAAAGUCACAUUAAUACGAUCCUAACAGCAUCCCAUUCUCUUUAUAUUAACUUAGAGAAAUUGA